AGAGGAAGGAGGAGAAGGAGAAGAAGGAGGAGGGGAACUGAGAUGAGAGCACUUAUAAGCGGCGCUGGCUUAUCGUAGGGCACGUGCAAUUUCACUUGUGUUGAUAAGCCGGGUUCGUCGGACGGCUAUCAACGUAAGUAUUAUCAGGCAUCGGCUGUUGUUGUCGGCCGUACACUAUUAACUCAUUAUUAUUUCGGUGGCACAUCUUAAUUUUUGAUCGCAUGUUCAGUAUUUGUCCACAUGUUGAGUUGUAGACACAUGAUUGGCCAGCUGCUCGCCCGGCAAAUCCAGCGAUACGCCAGCAGCAGCAGCAGCCGGCGUAUUACGGCUAGACUGCAGGAGCAACGAUAUGUGGAAGUGACACGGCCUGAUGGACAACAACACAAGUAUCCGAGCAUUUGGCUGCGCGACAAUUGUCAGUGUUCGGAGUGCUUCCAUGCGGCAACGCGGGCACGCAAGAGCCACUGGGAGCGGGGCCCGUUGCAUGUUCGUGCGGAGCGCGUCCGGUUUGACGAGAAACGGCAACAGCUGAUCGUUAACUGGGAGGAUGCGCACAACUCUAGCUACGAUUUGGACUGGCUGCAGCAGCGUGACUUUAGUGUCGAGGCCCGGCAACGGUAUCUGAACGAGGUCUACAAGCCGCCCGCUCAGCUCUGGGGCAAGUCUCAAUUUGGCGACGUUACUCACCAUUUUGAGUACCACGAUGUGCUCAAGCAGGAUGCAGUAUUGCUCGAUUGGCUCCAGGCACUAGCCGUGCAGGGAUUUGCCCUGCUUCAUGGCGCACCACACGAUGAACAAGUUGUGCGUCAUUUGGCCGAACGCAUUGGCUACAUCAAGCGCACCACCUACGGGGAUGUGUUCGACGUCAAGUCAAAGCCGAAUGCCGGCAACUAUGCGUAUCUGAUGACGCCGCUGCCGCUGCACACGGACAUGCCGUACUAUGAGUACAAGGCGGGCAUAAAUAUAUUGCACACGUUAGCCCAGUCGGAAUCGCCGGGCGGGGCCAAUUUGAUGACCGAUGGCUUUUACGUGGCUAACACGAUGCGUCGCGAUUAUCCGGAUUAUUACGAGCUGCUGAGGAGCGUGCCCGUUAACUGGUUUGACAUUGGACAUGAUGGCGAUGCUGGCAAACCAUUUCACAGCCUGUGGCGCGCGCCCGUCAUCAGCCUGGAUGCGGAUGGACAGUUUGCCCGCAUCAAUCAGAAUACGACAAAGCGCGACAGUCGAUUCACGGUGCCGCUGGAACAGGCGCUCGCUUGGUAUGAGGCCUACGAUAAGUUUCUUCAGGUGGCCCAGGCCGAGGCCGUUGAGUUCAAGACGCGUCCGGGUGACGUUUUUGUGUUCAAUAAUCUUCGCAUGCUGCACGGACGCACCGCGUACGAGGAUUCGCCGCAAAACAAGCGACAUCUUGUUGGCGCCUACGUCGAUUGGGAUAUAAUCUACUCCAAGCUACGCACCCUCAAGUUUCCAGAUGCAAAGGACUAAUUGUUAAUCAUUAAAAUGUACCCAUAAAUAUUGUAUUCUCAUACAAUGCAAUGCGUAAUGCAAAUUAA